UUAUGUUGGAAUAUUUGAUGAUCACGACUUUAUGCUUGUUGCCCUCAUCUUUCCGAGGCCCUGGUUUGCCGCGCCCCUUAUCCUUCUUUAUAGACUUGUCCGACUUAUCCGCGACAGGCGAGCUCAAAAGCUUUCCGUUGGGGUUCAAUCGGAUGGUUUUCUGUCGUGGAGACCUCCUAGGAGUCGCUUUAUUAAGCGCAGAAUCAUCCGUUGCAUGCGAGCUAUCUUGAGGACUCGCGACUUCGGGCGAAGGAGUUGAAGGAAGAGCGCUAGCUCCAGUUUCGGUCACAUUAGGGACAUCAUCUUCGGCGGGUGUAGGUAUACCAUCGACCGGAGUGCUUUCACCGUUGGAAGUUGAUGAGGGGCCUUUGGCCGUGAUGUAGUUGACUAUGGAACCCUCCGAGUGACUGACAUCGUUGGACUUAUCAGUCUUGCGCCUUUUCCUGCGGGAUGCAUUGGGAUCAUGCUCGAGCAUCGCGACGGGUCUGUGUUCCGGGGAAGGUAAUUCAUAGAAUACGGGGUAGGGUGAGAUAUAUUCGCUUGUUGAUUGUUUAUUUAGGGACAAUGGGCUGCCAUUGUGCAGGAGGUCAUUUGAAGGGAGUAAACCGUCUCCUGGGAUGCUCUGAGGGGUAGUGUUGGUUGGUACUCCUAGGUCUCUUCGAAAAAAAGGGUGAAUCGCUCGUUGCUCUUCCUGUCCCAUCGCCAUAGGUCACGGCGAUGUGUCAAUUUGAUGAGCUGACGCUCAUCGCUCGAUAACGGUCAGAUUGAACAGAAAUUGUACAUGCAGGAUAAAUAUAAAAAGCAAGCUAAGGAAGAAUGUACUAGGAAUCAUGAAUAAGUCAAUGGUAAUAUGGGCGUACAGCAGUUGAGACUGAGAUAGGCAUAAUUAAAGCACGAGAUUGAAUGCACCAAAAGAACGCGAAGA